AUUUCCACAGUCAAACAGGUGUGGACCUACUCUAUGCGAAUCGUCGCCGGCUUCACUUUGAUUCUUUCUUUGGUUCGCGCGAGAUGACAAGUAGAACUAUUUGCAUCCACCAUGGACCUUCGCGAAGGGUGUCAAUUGCGGCAAACACUUUUCAGGAGAGUGAUUAAACACUAUCCAGGAGAGUGAUUAGAGCCGACAUUGGGUACGAUAUAUAAGAGAGACCAUCUCUGUUCGUCGAAGCCUCAACUUCAUCUGACCCCAUCGCGGUCGUGCAUCAAGAAUUGCAAGCAUGGUUCAAGUCGAUAAAACAAGCGUGCUUCUUGGGGUGGCCAUGGCCCUCUUUGUUUGGCCCACACAAUCCAUGGCUCAAGCCUCGGGACCGGCCUGGUGUGAUGUCUUUCCAGUUCCUUAUCCAUUCAAAGGCGUUGUAGGGAAAGGCUCGCUGAAUUCGAACGCUGAGAUUCUCAACUUGAAGGACUGCUACGCUGUGCGCAAUGGCCGAUUGGUUUCAUGCAAUACAGUGAUCAACCUCCCAAAAACCGAAGCUUGCUGGGUCGCUACCUAUAAUGAUGAACUCAGGACGAGAAUCCCUUCAAAUGCUCUGUCUGACUCGCGUGCUGGGGCAGAGUUUUCUUCUAUUGUGGCGAUAUCUUCUUGCCACGGUCAUCUAUGUAUAACGGGCUUCCGAAAGACAUCCUCAUCCAGAAAGGAGUGGUCUCCUAUGGUGCGUCUCGCAUGAAAAUGCUCGUUGAUGAGCGAAAGCAUGAUCCGCUUCCCAUCGCUGGGCUUCAGGCGAAUGAGAAAGCUCACCUUGCAUGUAAUUUUCAGACACCCAACCAAGCGAGGUCUUCUGGAAUAGCAAAGGAGUAUGACAAUCCAUGGAAAUUUGUCGUGGUGCAGUGCACGUUGAAACGCUGCAAAAUUGAGCAUUAGAACUAGAGUUCUAGUUUUAACAACAAGUCUAAGUCACUUCAAAAAUCUUUUAUUAGGCAGCAGCAUGGCUACACAGCAAA